AUCGGCCUCUACUCGUUUCUCCGCGUUGCUCACCUCACACUUCAACAACAACAACUGUUCACUCUCAUCGACCUCAUCACUGCUUCUCCUCUUACAGUUCCCUUCAUCGCUGGCUCCUCUUCAUCAUCAGCUGUUUGCUCUGCGGAAUGCAGUAGCGAGGGAUAGCAUCGUUGUCUCAGCCCAAUUUGCUCUCCCAGUCACUUGCAGUCACUGCAAUGUUCAUGCCGCCCACCACGCCCAUUCGGCUUUGAAUACCCUUCGCCACAAGCCGUUUCCACCAUGGCCACACCCGCAAUGAUCCAUACGCGCACGCGCUCGCGCUGGUACAUGGAGUCACCCAUUCGCAGAGCGGCUUCCCCAUUAGUGCACAAAGGUGCCAUUAAACAUGUGUCCAAGCGGCGACGCAUCGGCAUGUCAUCCCUCAAUGUUAACAGGCUACCGCCGCCCUCAUCAGACACCGACUCCAAUCGCGACUCGCAUUCUCUUCCCAAUCGGUUUUCUCUUUCAAGUCCGCGCACUGUUUCUCGGACCCACAGACGGUCUGGUGUCCCACGUCGCCCCAAACCCCUGCCACUUUCCGGGGACGAGCAGGCUCUGAGCCCCCGCAAGCGCAAACGUUCCGACAUCGAGUCCGUAUCCGACGAAAGUUGGAUUGAGACUGAGGACGAGAUGCCCGAGUUCAUCGCGGAAGAUGACCAGCACCUUUUACAAAUGGCGCCAGCCUCGGCCCUCCACCGGUUACGCAAAAGCGAGCUCGUUCGACUAUGGAAAGUCUGUGGCAUGUGGUCUGAUGACGACGAGGAGGGCAACGAUAUCAGCAAUCUCGAUUUGAAGAGGGGAUUAAGUAAAGUUGACCUCGUCAACGGUCUAAUCAAAGCGCGCAAGCAAGCUGCCGCACACGAGCCGUCGGCUCUCCAAGACCACAAACCGACGUCCAGAGAGUCCGGGAGUUCGUCGUUGGCCUCGCCCCCAUCGUCCUCUGGCGACAGCCAGUUGAUUAGGGACGUUGGGGUCGAGGUGAGUCCCAGAGCCCCAAGGCGAUGGAGGGGCCGCCAACGGCCACCACUUGACGCCGUGAACCGCAAGGAACGGCAGGCGAAGAUAUCUGUACGACCCAAAGGGACAGGACGUCGUGAUACACGGAAAGCCAGGUUCGAUCAGACUGUUAAGAGUCCAUCUCAGAAGGCAACGCGUCUCAGGCAGACUCGUUCGUCAACUGUCUCGUCCCAGUACGCCACAACGAGCGACGGCUCCAACGAUCCUUCUUGCGAAGUGGAUUUGAGGAAACCUCCCCGUCACCCCCCACGACGAGCUGUCUCGAUUGUAUCGGGGGUAGAGCGCACGCCCAUUGCUCGGAGACUGCGACCUCGCACUCGCGGCAGCGCAAGCUCAAACGGCUCUACCGAGGUUGACGCCGACCAAGAAGACAAUGCGGAUGCAGAGUCGGUCUCGGCAGGUAACUCUCGUCAAUUCAAACGGUCUGAAUCGACAUCCACCCGCGAAACGCUCGACCGCCGAGCGAAGCGAGAGGCGCUGCGAGCUAUGCAACCGGACAGCUCGAGUAAUGAGGAAGAAUCCAACGACGAGCAAGAUAUAGAUCAUUCGACAAGCCCACCCUCCCAGCAACGCAGAUGCUCUUCUCGGACCCGCAGUGGCUCGCGGAGUGGCCCAGUAACGCGCUCUCGGCAGAACUCAACCCAUGCCAAGGUGUUGCUAGGUGACCCCAUCCAAAUUGACUCGCCGCCGCACAGCGAUGUCGACGUCUGCACCCGAUCGCGCACUACCAGGUCCGGCAGGGCUUUUGGCGAUAUCCAGGAGAGAUCGGAGUCGACAGAUGACGUGGAUGAUGACUCGUUGGAGGAGGAGGAGGUCGACGAGCCCGGGGGAUGGGGGGCUGAUGCUAGUCUCGCUGGUGUCACCCAUGCCAGUCUCAUGCGAUUGCGCCGUGACCAACUCGUGCAGAUGUGCGAGCAGCGAAACCUUGAGGUCGGCGGCACAAAACCUCAGCUUGCGGCCGCACUCAUCACCUGGCAGCGGGAUGAACGCUUGGACAAUCUAGCAUCAAGCUCCACCACUAGUUCGCAAGGCACGGCUCGCCCCAGCUCUCCCGUCCUGAUGAGCGCUGUUCUGACGCAUAAUCACCGCAAGGGGGAAGAUACGCCUAUUCUCCAGCGAAAACACAUCCAUGCUGAAGACCCUGCUACACCACGCCGGUCCAGCGAUAAGGCGCCACGCACGCCUGAUAAUGACCUCAAUCUCGACUUGCAGGAGCUCGGGCUUGAGGACUUUACUAUUCAGCCCGAGUCUCUUCAGAAGAUGGGAAAGAUUGGUAGUGGCGGUUUCAAAGAUGUUUAUGUUGGCAAGUUGCGGGGGCGCAAGGUCGCCAUCUCCGAAUUUCGAGAGCACCUUAGCGAGAUGGACAUCCGCGAACUGAAACUCUUGGCGGAAUUCCGGCAUCCCAACAUCGUUAGAUUCCGAGGCAUCUGCAUCCCGGAAGACACGUCACAAGUCCCUUGUAUGCUGAUCAGCGAGCUUUGCGAGAACGGGGACUUGUUUGAUUACAUUCGUAACGUUUCCACGCCGUCGCUGAAGCGCGUCUUGCGCAUUAUGUUGGACAUUGCUCGUGGUCUGGAGUAUUUGCACCUCCGGAACCCAGCAGUGAUUCAUCGUGACUGCAAAUCAACAAACAUUCUGAUCAACAAACAAGGUGUCGCCAAGGUGGGAGACUUUGGACUUGCGCGGGUGAAGCAGAGCACGCGGUCAAUGAUUCGCAGUCUGGUGGGAACUGUCAACUGGCAGGCCCCCGAACUGUGGCACCCCCACCCGAAGUACGAUUACAAAGUGGACGUUUUCUCGGUCGCGCUGGUGUACUGGGAGAUGUUGUCAGGGUGGAUCGGCGAGCCAAAGUACCCAUGGGAGGGUCAUAACGAGCACUACAUUUAUGAUGCGGUCGGGCAGAAGCACAAGCGACCACCGUUGACGGGCCUCCGCAAGCAUUGGGGAGCGGAGCCGGUCAACCUGAUCGAGCGAAUGUGGCACCAGGACCCGGCCGAGCGCCCCACAAUGUCGGAUGUCGUCGCUGACCUGGAGGCGUUGCUCGCUGAGUGCACGUGAUAAAAGGAGGUGUGCAUGGAUGUCAGAAGCAUACAAGUCAUGAAGCAUAGCAUAACCGUCGUACAAUUUGCAUGUAAGCAUUAGGACUUCACCCGAGUCGCCCAUAACCGUCGUACAAUUUGCAUGUAAGCAUUAGGACUUCA